CUCACCAAUUUGUUUCCUUCUUUUCCAUUACAUUCCCUUGAGGGUUUUCCUCAGAAAAACUCAGGGAAUGCCUCUUUCGUCCAUCCAAUAGGUCAAGAUAUGAACAUCAGUUUUUGGGAAAAGAAGAAAAUGUUCAGAAGCUUGUUUCUGAUUUCCUUGUUGCUUCAUACAAUAGUGGCCCAAAAACCUGCACUUCCAAAUCUUCCUACACCUCAAGUCCCUCCCCAGAAAUGGUCAACAUUAAGUGGCAAUGAGCCUCUUGUAAUAGCCCGUGGUGGUUUUUCGGGACUCUUCCCAGAAGGCUCUCCUGACGCAAUUGGGCUAUCACAAGGCAUAAGCGUUUUCUUGUGCAAUCUUCAGGUGGCAAAAGAUGGCGGUGCCUUUUGUGUCACGGGGACUACGCUUGACAAUACAACAACUAUAUCAUUGGUGGAUCCUAAGGAAAAAACCUACAAUGUCGAUGGGAAGGACGUGCGAGGACACUUUUCUUUGGAUUACCCUGGUCUUCUGAUUGACCAGAAUGUAUCAAUGACUCAGGCCAUAUUUUCUCGACCCAAUUUUUACGAUGGUACUUCCCCAGUUCUUAAUCUUGAUGCUCUACUAAGCGGAAAAUCUCCCCCGAGGCUUUGGUUGAAUGUUCAGAAUGCAGCACUCUACACCGAAAACGGAGUACAGGUGGUAGAUAUUGUUUUAGAAUUAUUGAGUUUUUAUCAAAUAGAGUUUGUUUCAUCAACAAGUAUUGGUUUCUUGAAGAGUAUCAGUGGGAAAUCAAACAAGGCAACUAAGGUUGUCUUUAAACUUCUUAAUAAUAAUAAGGUUGAACCUUCAACCAAGAAGCCAUAUGGAAGUAUUGUGAAGGAUCUUGCCACAAUCAAGUCAUUUGCAUCAGGAAUAAUGGUCCCAAAAGAAUACAUAUGGCCAGUUAAACCAGACAAAUAUCUAGGACCUCCCACAACACUUGUGGCUGAUGCCCAUAAAUCAGGACUAGAAGUUUAUGCUUCUGGUUUUGCUAAUGACUUCUUUUCUAGUUAUAGUUAUAACUACGACCCUAUUGCCGAGUACCUUCAAUUUUUAGACAGAGGUGAUUCUGUUGAUGGUGUUGUCACUGAUUUCCCAGCAACAGCAUCAAAUGCCAUCGCUUGCUUUGCACACAACAAUACCUUGCCCAAAAAAGGACCAACUUUGAUCAUAAGCAACAAUGGAGCAAGUGGAGUUUAUCCAGGCAGCACUGACCUUGCAUAUCAGCAAGCAAUAGAUGAUGGCGCUGACAUUAUAGAUUGCUCAGUUCAAAUGACAAAAGAUGGAAUUGCCUUCUGCUCAAACUCCACAGACCUAACAUCAGAUACCACCGCAAUGCCUAAAUUCAUGUCUCGAUCUUCCAAUGUCCCAGAACUUCAACCAAAAAGUGGAAUUUUCUCCUUUGACCUUACAUGGAGUGAGAUUCAGACAUUAAAACCUCAAAUGGUUAGUAAAGGCAGUGAUUUCCUAAGAAACCCCGCAAACAAGACCAGUGGUAAAUUUGUCACCCUCUCAGCAUUUUUGGAGUUAGCCAAGGCUAAGGCAGUUCCUGGCAUUUUGGUCAACAUACAAAAUGCCCCCUACCUUGCAUCCCAAAAGGGUCUUGACAUUGUAGAUGCUGUCAGCACUGCUUUGAGCAAUGCCACCUUUGACAAGCAAGCCAAACAACAAGUUCUGAUUCAAUCAGAUGACAGCUCGGUCCUAUCCAGGUUUAAAGACAUCCCAUCUUAUAAAAGGGUUAUGUUAUUGAAGGAUAAAAUGGGCGACGUACCAAGACAAACAGUGGAAGAAAUAAAGAAGCAUGCGGAUGCAGUGAAUCUUCCAAAAACCUCAAUUAUCAAAGUAUCUAAUUCCAUCUUAGUAGGAAUGACAAAUGUUGUCAAAGAGUUGAAAGAUGCAAACCUCACAGUAUUCGUCCAUAAUCUCAAAAACGAAUACACAACCCUGGCAUUCGACUAUUGGUCUGAUCCUAAUGUCGAGAUUGCAACUUACGUCCAAACUGCCAAGGUUGAUGGAAUCGUGACCGAUUUUCCAGCCACUGCAAGUAGAUUCAUGAGGAGUCCAUGUAGCGAUCCGACCCAUGAUCCUACUAUCUUACCUGCUAAGCCUGGUGAUCUAUUGAACACUAUUCCAACUGAACUUCUGCCACCAGCACAGGCUCCACUUCCUCCUCUUGAGGUUGCAGACGUUGUUGACCCACCUCUUCCCGCCGUGACUAAAAAUUCUAAUUCAACUAAAGCUGAGCCUGCUGCUGGUCCUGGGGCUAAACCUGCCUCCCCCCCUGCUUCCCCUUCAGGUGCCAGGGUAAAUGUUGCCAACAGUGGCCUUUCAAUAGUAGCUAUUUUGGUGUUUGCUAUGCUCUUCGCUGCUCAUUAAUGAUUAAUGUGAUUAACCCCUAGCAUAAUCUAGAUUGUAUUUCAAUUUGUAUUAUAGAAUGCACACAUUGGUUCUCAUCAUAAUAUUGGGAUUAUUCAUUAGGCAAAGUUUCUUCUUUGCCUCUGCUUGCGUUUG